AUGGUUGGUGACAAGACAAGGCUUCAUAUGAUUCUGCGCAAAUGGCACUGGCUGACCUUGAAACAUGUAGCUCUUCCAGCGAGGGUGCUUAUUUUCCAUGCCGGCACCGCCCGCACAACUUUCAUUGCCUUGUUAAAGGUCACCUCGCUCUUCAUCGGAGCAUUCUUCUGUGGGAUCGUGGUGCCUACCUACAUCAAGUCCGAGAAGCCGGCCUGGGACACAGCUCAGGUUUUGCUCUGCGGCAUUGUGCCCCCUAUCUUCGUCGCCUUCACAACUGCAUCCUUCGUGACACAUGUUCACGUCAAUCUGCCUUCUCAGGCCCGGGCUUCCAAGGCGGUCCUUGAGCGGUUCAUCCGCUCCGAGAUGCCUCCCUCGACCAAGGUCACCCUCACGACGAUGAGCUUCAUCGCCAAGCCCAGGCAGAGCACCAUGGCAGCUGGGGAUCUCCUACCAGCCAAGCGACGCUUCGGCCUUAUUAACUAUAUUCGACGCCCGGAUUCGGCAGCACAGGAGAAUGCAAAUCGCAAGUGGUAUAUGUGGCGUGCUGUUGAUAAAUUCUAUAUCCAGGAGGGACGUCCUGGACAGCCACGCAAGGUAAGGUAUCAAACACCAAAACCAGACCUCGUUCAAUGGUGGAUCUGGGAAGCUAUCCAGCAGAAAAUUCCAAAAGAUCUCCCAGCGUCUAAAUAA